AUGAUUUUUUCAACUUUCUUUUUUUCUAUUUUUAUUUUAAUUAACACAACUUAUUGUUCAAAUUUCAGAAGUUUUUCAGAGAAGAGCCAAUUUCCAGAGUUAAACUUUGAAAGUUCUAAUGAAACGAACAGUUUAAUUACACUAUCUGCAGAACAGCCAAACAUCACUGAUUCCUUCCCUGAGAGUCCAUCAACCAGACAAAUGGAUGAUAUUUUAAUGCAAGAAAAACCAGUAUUGUUAAAUACAAUCCCUCAUACAGUACUAAGUCACAAUCUUUUCGUAAAUUCUUCAGGCUUAUUUACAAAUAUUACCGUUGUACUUACAUCUACGGUUCCAAUUGCAGUUGUUAGUUCAGAAAAUGAUUCAAUUCACAGAAUAUUAUCUGGUUCUGAGCCGAGUGAGUCUCUAGGAAAUUUUAAAACAGAUCUGGUAAAAAUUAGCGAUAAAAUCUCAAAGAGCAUGGAGGGACUUCCAACAGAGAUAUUGAAUAUUAUUGAGAAUACAGCAGAUUACUUUAAAAAGUUGUCUUCGUUAUUGGCGGGAGUGGUUAAUUUGGAAGACAAUUCCCUAUCUAAUUCUACGGUCUUGGUGAGUCAUAACGAUAAAUAA